GUAGUGAAGCUCCUGUCCAGCCCACGGAGGCUUGGAUAAGGAAGUAACAACACUGGUGCGUUCGCUGAAAGGGUUUCCCCUGUAGUCCCAGCAGCCAUGAAGCUCCGACUACACUUUGUGGUUGACCCCAUGGGCUGGCUGUGUAUAAGCGUGGUGUUUGGAAUCUGGCUUUACAACACCUUCUUCAUUCCCAAACUGGUUCUUCUUCCACAUUACAAUGAGGGACACAUCCCUUGGGCUAUAGUUGUUUGUUAUUACAUAGCAUCAGCACUCUGCAUAGCGGCCCUAUUCAGAGCUUCCACAGCAGAUCCGGGCCGUCUUCCUGUGGACCCCAAAAUACCUCACUCUGAGCGAGAGCACUGGGAGUUGUGCAAUAAAUGCAACUUAAUGAGACCUAAAAGGUCCCACCACUGCAGUCGCUGUGGCCAUUGUGUACGCAGGAUGGACCACCACUGUCCAUGGAUCAAUAACUGUGUGGGAGAAGACAACCACUGGCUCUUCCUGCAGCUCUGUUUCUACGCUCAGGUCCUCAGUUUGUUCACCCUGGUGCUGGACUUCUGCCAGUACUAUUACUUCCAGCCACUGGCAGGACUAGAUCAGGAGAAAUUUACCACACGCCAUGAACUGGCUCUGCUGCGUGUCUCAGCGCUCAUGGGUUUAGUCAUGUUUGGUGGCAUGACCAGCUUGUUUUACACUCAGAUGACAGGAAUCCUCUCUGAUACAACCACUAUUGAGAAAAUGGCUAAUUUCUCAAGUGAAAUAUUUGGCUCAAAAAGGUCCUGGCAGUGGGCGCUAGCUGAAGUUUGCGGCACUCGCUGGAAAGUCCUGUGGCUCAUACCGCUCCGUAGCAGGCAGCCACUCCAAGCAAACCACCACUUUCGCACCCACGUGUAGGUCUGUACCACUAUAGCGCCUCCUACCUGCACAGAUGGUAGGAGCUGCCAUGAUGAAACACUGUAUACACACGUAUGAAUCCAUCUGCUCGCCUUCACCGUCCGCUUUCUUUUUUGCUCUGGGAGCUUGGCAGCGGUUUUGGUUUGUCAGUGGAUACUGUAAGCUUUUUUUGUUUGUUUUUUUUGCAUUUCUCUACAAGAGCAAGACUGGCAGUAAACAAGGUAGAGGAACACCUACAGAUGUGAUUGGAAAAUGAUUUUAUACUCACUGUGACUGCCACUUUCAGCGUUUUGGAAACCGCUUUUAAUGGCUUUUUGCCUCAGAAGGAUGGACGUCUUCAUCUGAAAGAAGCUGACUAAAGGGAUCCCCUCUCAGGUUACUUAAAUAAAGAGCCUUUACUACUGACAUUUAAUCAACUACAGUAACUCCGGUGUGUCUUUCAGAGAGGCAAUUUUAUUUGUAUAAAGUUUGUGCCUUGUUUCUUUUAAUUAUGUUUUUUUUUUAUUUGUCAUGCGCAAGUGUAUUGUUUGUGCUCGAUGUAUUCCAGUUUGAAAAUUUCAUGUGAAUCCUGAGGGGAUCCGCUGUCAACUGCAUUCCUUUAAUCGGUGAUCCAUUGAUGAUUUGUGAAUGUUUUCUUGCAUUGAUCUAAGAACAAUUUAUCAGUGAAUUGAUGUUUUUAUGAAGCAUGACCACAGAGCAAAGUUUAUAACUUGAAUCAAAUUGAAAGAGGGAUCAUUUUAUGCUGGGUAUGAAGAUGUAUAAUAGCAAGCAGAGAGUCUAAAACUUGCAAUCAAACAUUAGAAACAAGUUUAUACUGUUAAGCUAACGUUUCAUAUAUAUAUCAGAGUCAAUUUAGCUGAUUAAUCACGUUGUUUUCUGUUUGUGGAAUCCUUAUGAAAAGGGUUCGAGUGUCACAUACUAUCCUCACAGGAUAGGACAGGGUAGUUUUACUUUAAAAAGAAAAGUUUGACAUUUAGGGAAAUACACUUUAGAUUUAUACGGUAUAAUGCCGUACAACACAAUUUAUUAUCCACCUUGGGGAGACUUAUCUUGUCCUCCAUAUAUAGUAUAUAGCUGCCUCCUCAGUAGUAUUAAUAACUAAUUUGGAGAGAAAAAAACAAUAAGAGUAAAGAACAAUUCACAUGUAAACAUAGAAGCUCAUACUAAUGAAGAUUUUCAGCUCUUAUGGCUGUAUGCCAAAUAUAUGCUUAGCUAGCCAAAAGAUAGGUAGCUUAGCUUAGUUUAUCAUAUCAGGUAUACAAUACAAACCCAGAAAAAAACACAGCUUGUUCCUUUUGCAGUUGUUUUAGCUGUUUGUAAGUAUAAUUCCUUAUAUUUGGAUAAAGAUGUUAUAGCUGCUUUUGUAAUGCUAAGCUAUGCUAACUGCCUGCUAUGUAUGUGUAGCUCCUAACCAAACAGAUCUAAAAGUGUUAUUUAUUUUACUAUUCUGACCAUGACAGGUAAUAAGUUUGGGUUUAUUUCCCUAAAUGUUAAACUGUUACUUUAAAUGAGCCAGUUUAGCGUAAGUUUGCUUUGUCAACUGUAGCACUUGUGCCUGGGCACAAAUGGUUAUGAAAAGUUUCUGAAGAAAAUCGUUUUACAUUUUAUUCUUUCAGUGCUGCAACUGUUAUAGUUGGUAUUACUUGUGUCUGAUCAAGUGGCUUUAUAAAUGCUCAUCUUCCCCAAAAGCAAAUUAACAUUAAUCUAUGGGAGGUGACAUUUAACACUGUCACAACACUGCUCAUUUAUUUAUGGUGGUUUUGGCUAUAACCCUGUGGUAUUGGUAUUUUACGGGAUUCUUUGACAGGAUACUUUAGAAGAUAAUUCAGUGCAUAAUAAUAUUAGCAUAGCAUGGUGGUUAUUGUCUAUAAAACCUGGCAAUACCAUUGCUACGCUUGUAUGUAAACAAGGCUUGCCAUGUGUGGAGAUGUUACAAUAUCUAAGUAGUUUUAAGUGCCUUUCUAGGUCUUCUUUUUACUCUCGUGUUACACUAUCAUUAUGUUGGUCUCCAUGAAGCCAAAGACCUGGGAAAAUGUUGCAAUAGUCCGCAAGCAUUCAGUAAAUGCAUGUUUCACCAGAUUUUAAAGGUAGCGGUUCAAUAUUAUGCACUGAUUUUCACAUAAUCUGUUUCACUAGAUCGAUAUACUCUGAAAACUUUUGAACUCGUUUAUUUCAUGUGAAUCCUUUAUUCCUACCAUAUCUCCAGAUUGUUUGUAGUUGCAUGGGUAUGUUCGUGUUUUUUGCUCAGUGGUUUUUAUAACUCAGAUUCAGGGUCUUGGAUUGUUUGUUUGAAUCAUUGUGAAAUUUUGGUGGGCAAAUUUGUAUGAUUGGUGUUAAAGACAGUGGUACUGAUAGAUUACAUUCUACUUUUUUUAUUUAUGUUUUUGAAAGCAAUAAACAUUUUCUGUCAGUAAAGCCAUUCUUAUUAUUACAACAGUAGUUGUAUACAUACUGUAUGUUUAAGUUAACACUUCUACAGCUGCUGUGUAUAGUUUUACAAUGUUAGAUUCAGCCUUAACACUUACGAGAAACAGAAUAACACAAAAGGCCUAAUUUUGUUUGAUUUGAUUCAACAGCUGCAGGAGACUGAAGAUGCAAGUGUUUUAGAGAUGGGUGCUCACUUACUUUCCCUGGAAGUAGUUUACUGGUGUCCCUCAGGGCUCUCAGUUUGGACUUCUGCAGUUUUGUUUACAUUGUUCAUCUGCUGAUUUCAGAAUAUGUUCUCAAGCUUUAUUUUGUUUAAUUCAGACCUCAAUCAAUGGCAUAGUUAAGUUUUGUGAAUAAAAUAUAAAUACACUAUA